CUCCAAUUCCAACUAAGUUAUCUUACUGCUCCAAAACUCACUUAUUCCAUUACUACUUCUAAAGUCGCUAACUCCUCUGACUGCUUAGUCAGCUGUAAACUAUACUGCAACAAAACUAGCUUACUGAUACAAUUUUGCUGUAAUUUGAUUCUAUAACAUUAUUACCACCUAAUAAAAGUUUUAUUUAAUAGUAUGAUGUUGGCUAAACUGUAGGCAAUGUAUCUUGGCUGCACAUACUAGGUUAUUGUUCAUUGUUGUUCACUCCAUUCCGCCAAAACGAUUGAAAUGGAAGCUCCCGAAGUGAUUGUUCAACAAGGUGAAAACGUAGUACGAAUUGUUGAGGGCACUACACGAAAAAGAAAACGGAAUGUAAAGAACUGGCAGAAAACUAAAGAUAAGGAAAAAAGACAUGCAGCACAUGGUUUCCCAACUCUUCCAAACUGUGGCCAUGGAAUAAGAGAAGGCAACAAGAGUGACUUCAAGUGUCCCAAAAUCAAUAUGCAGGACAUUAGAAGAUUCCUUCAAAAUUUCUACAAAACAACAAAUAAGAUUGAGCAAGAUCACUUCGUAAUCAGGUAUGCCAAGGGGAAAGCACCAAAAUGACAUCAACUUCAACAUGAAGACUCUGCAGCACGAGGUAUGGCUAUUGAUUAUUAUAUUCCAACAUUCCGCGUUGAACAAGGUAGAGACUUAGUGAAAGUCUGUCAGAAAUGUUUUCUGGAUGUCCUUAGAAUCUCCAAAUUUCGUGUUCAAAGACUAUGCAGGAAAGAACUUAUGACUGGGGUGUCACCUCAGGAGCUAUGGGGGGGAGAUCAUCGUUCAAAACAUUCUGAGCUGAAACUCACUGAAGUGAAAAAAUUCAUUGAAUCCCUUCAUACAGUGGAGUCCCAUUACUGUCGAGGAAAGUCUAAACGUCAAUAUCUUCCCAGUCACUUGAGUAUUCAACAUCUUUGCAAUGCUUACAAUGAAAAGGUGAAUGAUGAUGAAGGACUGAAAGUUAAAUAUGAAUAUUUUAGGAACGUUUUUGUUGAGAAUUAUAAUGUGGGGUUUGUUUCACCUGCUACAGAUCAGUGCUCAAAGUGUCUAGAACUCAAAGAAAGAAUUAAAUGCACUUCAAUCAGUGAAGUGGAGAGAUCUACACUGAAAACCGAAUUAGCCAUCCACAAAAAACGAGCAGAAACGUUUUUUGCUCUAUUGAAAGAGGAAAAGGAGAAUGAGCUAACAUACUCAUUUGAUUGUCAAAAAAAUUUUAUCUUUCCAAAGCUAACUGAUCAAUCUGCCUAUUUUUUGAGACAGUUCUAUGUUUAUAAUUUUACAAUGUGCUUAGGCACUUCAAAAGCUUGUCAAACUCGAGAAAAUACGUUCAUUUAUGGCUGGAGUGAACUUGAAGCUAAAAAGGGUUCAAGUGAAAUAGCCACAUGCAUUGUACAUCGCCUAUCAAAUACCACCUUUCCAGAGCAAGUGGACACAAUAAGACUCUUUGCUGACAGAGCUGGAGGUCAGAAUAAAAACACGAUAGUGAUCACUGCUGUUCUAAACUGGCUGACUGUUGAAGCACCGCCACAUAUUGGAAAGAUUGUUAUGCAUUUUCCAGUCCCAGGACAUUCCUACAUCCAGCCAGAUCAUUGAAAGGAAAAUUCGAAAAUUGGAAACGAUUAUGCAUCCAAAUGAAUAUUUUGAAUUAUUUGGAGAAUCAGCCAAUGUUUCAAGGCUAGGAACUGACAUUGAAGUCAAGGACUGGAAGGAGGCAUCAAUGAGAAAUAUAAAAAAGCCAGCUGACUGGCAUUUCAAGCUCUCCUUUUGCAAGAGAUUUAUUCUAACAAGUGGUCAACAAAAUAAUGGUAACGUUCAAGGGAAGACAACCUACCUGACUGAUUUGGGGAAGCCACAAGGAAUUUCUAAAAGAGGCUGCAGAGUCAAUAGAAUCGUUGCUCAAGUAAAAGAAAAUGAUGCUGCUGUCAACCCAAUGAGGGUGAUGGAUGUAAAGAAGCUUCUCAGAAAGCACUAUGGGGAAGAAUGGUCGAAGCUUGAGUGCCUCAAAUUUUAUUCGGACAUCUUCAAUGAGAGAAUGGGAAGACGUGAGCAGGAAGAAGAUGAAGAGGAACCAAUGGAAGAUGAAAUUUUGACACUAGAAGGAGACUUCGUUAUAUAAAAAAUAACUUUUUCGAUGAUAACCAUAAAAUCCCUUUCAUAUUUCACUUUAAUUUUGAAAGAUAAUGACUGGAGACUAUUGGAAUGUAAUACCUAAUUUUCAUCCUAUACCUAUAAAAAACAAUUUUAUACUUUUCUUGAAUUUUGUUCUUAUUUUGAAAAUGUAUUAUGAAACGAUAGUUUUUAUUCUAGGCCUAUAUGACUUACAUUGAAAGUGUAUUAAAACUUGAUUAUUGUAAACUGCAACAAAACUGUCUUGAUCCAUUCAUUACUGCAACAAAACCAUCU